UAUAAACACUUAUAAGGUUGGGAUAUCUCACCAGAGCCCAAUUGAUUCUCUUUUGGCAGGUUGCAAUGACUUUACUCGUCAACGUUAACAAAUAUUAUAUGAAAAAAAGAGAGAGAGUAGGGUGCGCAAAGGCGUUACGCUGGGUCAAGUUCUUUACAUUAUCUGAACGGAGGCGUCGCCAAUCAUCCCGAAGAAGAGUUUGGAAAAGAAGGUUCGUGAACAAAAGAAUGGUCACCAAAUUAAUGCAGUUAAAAGUGGAGAUGGAGGAGGUUAGGGAGCAACAGAUUUGCAUCAAAGAGGGGCAAAGAAAAGUUAAAGAAAAAUUUGAAGCCGUUGAAUCUGAAUGCAGAAAUCUUCAUGCCGAGACGAUGAUCAUUAUGAAACAGAGUGCCUGUACCAGACUCCGCCUUUGCAUCAUGUUUCAAAUCCUAAAAGCACGAGAGAACAAUGAUUUCGCCAAAGCCGCUGCGCUCACUCAGGCUCUACGUGAAUUGAUAGCGCAGCAAAACCAGAAUUAGCAAGCUUUGGAACCAAGUGCUGGGGCAUCUGGCAAAUGAAACACUUGAGAAUAUCUGUUAGUCCAAAUAGAAGUAAUGGCGACUGUUGUUUUUCUUUUAUCUUGUGUGUUGAAAUUGGGGUCAAGUUUGAAGAGUUGCACACUUUUGACAGUUCGCUGCAGGGAGUUUCAUGUAAAUUAAGCUCAGGGGCAUGUCUUAUUAGUGGUUUUUAAUCAUGUAAUUAUGAACCAGUAGUUAUUUGCUAUGUGGUCAUGUUGACUCCUACUCUUUGGUAGUUUUUUCCUUUCUUCAUGUGUUAGAUGGUAGUUUUUCUUUUUCUUGUAUUUAAGGCCAUUAGGGAUUAUUAAUGAAGUGUGACCUCUGUCUCAAUUUUAACAUGUUA